AUGUGUGGACUAUGUAAACAUUCCUCUGUCCUGUCCGUGAAUGCGCGCUCUCAGGGGACACUGAAGGGGCCAGAGGCGUCAGGGGCGGCCCCUCACAUCCCAGCACCUGCGGACAGACGUGAGCGCGCAUGGGACCCGCUGCACGUGCACACGCACGCUCAGCAGAUGAUGGUUAAUGAAACCCAGCGCAGACCAGCUUUCGGGUGUUCUCGGGUGUUUCUGCUCACAUGGCGAACCUUAUUUCCGGUCGAGCUGGACUCUUCAGAAGAGCUGUGGGACAGACACGAAUGUGCGGUUUUUUCGUGUCGUGGUCAGGCCGGUCAGAGAGCAGGAAUCAUAUCACUUUCCUCUUCCUGUGUGGAUUUUUCUUCUGAUGGUGGAGGCUGGUUGAUAAGGGGGUUUUCGCUGUUGUGGUUUUUGACGCGGGGGUAUGGGGGCUGGUGUCGUCCUGAAGGAGACUUUCCUCCUGAUUUCUUCCACAGAGACGCCAAAGACGCGGUGGAUUUAAUGCAAGCUCUGGGUUUGAGGCGUUUCUCUCUGUUAGGAUGGAGUGACGGUGGCAUCACGGCUCUGAUCGCAGCUGCGUUAAACCCCGCCCUCAUUCAGAAGAUGGUGGUUUGGGGCUCCAACGCUUACGUCUCUCAAGAAGAUGUUCAGAUCUAUCAGUCGAUCCGUGACGUGUCGUCGUGGAGCGAGCGAAUGCGCCGGCCGAUGGAGGAGAUGUACGGUGCUCAGUAUUUCCGGGAGACGUGGGAGAGGUGGGUGGAUGGGAUCAGCCGGUUCGCACAAAACCCGCAGGGUAACAUCUGCAGGGAAGUGCUGCCGCUGAUCUCCUGUCCCACGCUGAUCGUCCACGGAGCCAAAGACCCCAUGGUGCCCUCAUUUCACGCAGAAUACCUGCAGCAGAACAUCAGGGGCUCGAGGCUGCAUGUGAUGCCGGAGGCGAAGCACAACCUGCAUCUGCGAUAUCCCACUGAGUUUAACACACUGCUGCAGGAGUUUCUGACUGAAUGAGCAGCACCUUCUGCAGUCAACAAGGACUUACUGUGUCCGCUUCAGUCAGAGAAAAACAGUCUGUUGUUAUAAACUGAAGCCUUUUACUCGCCUGUGUGUUUUCAUUUUUUUUU